AUGUUUUAUGUGCGCAGUGUAGAAGAUAUCAUCCUUCCUCCCGAUGUCUUCCUCGCAGUAGCCAACCCAAUGGAUUGUCUCGAGCACUUUCCCUCCACAAUCUCUUUUGAAAACCGCUAUCGAGUGCUUUCAAAGCGCGAUCUGGUGGUCUCUGGCUUGCCGACUCUGGGAUCGAUAGUCGUUGAAACGCGAUUAAAUCCCAUGCAAGUGCGGGAUCCACAAACGCGAGUCGAGGAGGUAAAUCGCAUGCUUGAGGCCAUCAAAUACCAAUCUAUGCCCCUUGUGGUGAAAUUACCGCAAGCGUGUUCGGGACAGGGUGUGUUUCUCGUCAGAAAUGAGGAGGAGAGGAGUACUGCACUAUCGGUGUUGGAGAUGGGUGUAGAUACUAUGCUCAAACAGCUAAGUCUGAAUAAUGAACAUUUACAUCCUAGCAGUCUUACUGUGCAAGAAAUGUUGUCUGAAUCCGCGGUGGCAAUUGCGUUAUUCUUGUCUAGAGAGGGGGAGGUGAUGGUCAGAUCUAUGUGCGAUCAAUUUGUUGAUGCACAGGGAAAUUGA